AUGUAUAUCCCUCUGAACGGCUCGGCGGCCGGUGCCGAGCCACCGACAGCGGUCGGCUGCCGCGGCUGGCCGGCCGUCCACCACCGGCUCUUCCAACUGGCGCACCUGUUCUUUCUGGCGGCGUUUGUGGUGCCGCAUACGUUCCGUCUGAGCGCGGCUGCGCUGCGAGCGCUCCUCUGUGCCGGUCUGACGCUGGUCGCUGUCUGGGCCGGCGCUGUAGUCUGCGCGCCGGACGCGCUCGCCUGGAGCGUGGCACUGGCGGUCGUGAACGCGGCGUACGCGGCGCGCCAGGUGUCGUGUUCGCGACCGGAGCGGGCGCCGGCGCAGCUGCGGCCGCUGCACCGGCGCCUGUUUGCGCCGCUGCGCGUACCGGCCGCCGAGUUCGCGCGACUGGUGCGCGGCGCCGAGCUGCGCCGUCUGGCGCGUGGCGAGCUGUUCGCGGCUGAGGGCGUGACCCGGACCGGAGGCCGACUGGCCAUCCUGCUAACCGGAGAAUUGGUGGUGUCGUGUGAAGGGUGUCCGCUGCAUCGAAUCACGCCGCACCAGUUCAUCAACUCGCCCGAGUGGGAGGCCGACGAGGCGGCCGAGAGGGACUCCAAGGAGAUGGGCGCAGAACAGAACUGCAAGCCGCCCGACCCGAACCCCAUCUACCAGGUAUCGAUUUCGGCCACUGAGGAGUCGACGUACGUGGUAUGGACGGCCGAGGUGCUCGGCGCCGUGCUUCAGUCCAAUGCCUUCCUCAACGCCGUGCUAUUUAACCUGGUCGGUAAGGACAUCACCAAGAAGCUGUACCGGGUGAACGAAACGGCGCGCUGCAGCCUGCGGGCGCGGCGCCCGGCCGUGGCCACACACCGGCGGCGCAGCCUGGGCCCGCCGCCGCGGCGGACCGAGCUGAUCAGCCCCGCCUCGGAGCUGGCGCUGCUCCGGUGGCAGACGGAGCAGCGGCCGCUCUCGGCCGGCGCCCGCUCCGACACGCAGGUGCUCUGCCCCGGACGACUGCUGGGCUCGCGGCUUCCUCCAAUGACGUACAGGCGACCGGCAGCACCGCACCGCAUCCACCCGGCGGAGGGAAAUGUCAUUAAAAGUGCACCGUUCGCCCCAGAGGUGGCAGCACGGUACAAUCUGUGGACUCCGGCUAUGAACGGCGACUGCAGGCCGAUGCGUGGAAAGGCGUGAGGGUCUGGGCCUUGUGACCUACUUGGACCUACCGGGGCCCAGUGAACAUUGCCUCGGGGUUAUGCGUUUAUGGCUCUGUGAAUUUAGAUCGGAGAGAGAAGAAGAUUUAACAUCUUCACUGGAUCUUUGGGAUUUGCUGUCUUUCUGCGGCUUUAUUUUGCUGAAUUUGGCACUACUGACCCGAAAAGAGUUUUGUGCAUGUCCUUGCAUUUCAAUCACAUUAGCUUCCAGCAUCUCAUUCACAGGGGCGAAUGAGAUCGGUCGCGAAUUUUACUGAAACGAGAUGUUCAGCAUGUGCAAUUGCGUCCAUCAUCGACUUAGCAUCCGGUGUCAAUGUGGCAAUUGCAGACAAAAGUUUGUAUUUGAGCUAAAUAAGCACUCAUAUUGUGGUCUGCAAUUGCAUAUCUUCACAAAUCGGCUGCUUCCAAACAAAUCAUAAAUGCUCAGCUGCCAUUACCGCGUAUGAUCGUGCUAAUAUGCAAUCGUGGAACCUAAUGGAACAGCUGUAGGCCUGUGAACAGAUGGUUAUCCCGCACCGGACCGGUGCUCGACCCAACCGCGCCGGGCCGAGGGGGUGGGCUGUCUGAGCACCCCCAACCUAGCUCGGCUCCUCAGCUACGUAGCAACACGCAGUAGGUAAGCGGUGCUCCGAAGAACGUCAGAAAUUAUGGAGACAAUACUUAGGCCGAUUUUUAUGUCAGGUCAACAGCAAGGGCAGCAGAGGUCAACAGAGCAUAGUUAAGGCAUAGCUUUUGCAUAGUUAAACAAUUAUUCUUUUUUACAAAUCGGCGCACAACUCAGUAAAGAAUAGAGCUAAAGGCUGCGAUAAAGGUGAUUUGAUAUCUCUUUCAACGUUCUGUCUUUUAACUGCCCUCAGAUUUGAUCUCACAUCAACAGUUUAGUUACAAAAUGGCAAAAACUCUUAGAUUGAUGCGUUUACGGAAAUAUUUUCUGCAUUAGCUUUUAACACAGCUUUCACGACAUUUAUUUUACCGGCAUCGUGUUUCUCUGAUAGGACGCUUCUAAGACACUAUAAUUCGACCUGAAAUGGUGAUUUUGAAAAUUUGACCUAAGGUCCUGGUCCUGACUUGACCGAAAGUGGUUACGUAUCAGGGGAUUCGUGUCCGUAAUCUGAACAAAUGCAAGGUGUUUUCGUAACUCUAACAUGUCGACGGAUCAAAACAAUAUUGUUAAAAGCUGUUGGAGACCUUUCAUGACCUGAGCUGACCUUGGGAGCAUAAAAUGCCAUUUUCCGAUUCAUUGAACCAUUUUUACUUGUUACCUGAUAUUCGAGAGUGUUAAGUCCGUCUUUUGUCAAAAAGAAGCGACGGUUAAUUUUCUCCCAUAUGACUGAUAACGGGGAAGUAACAAACCUGACCUGCCCUUACGUCAAGUCUAUCGAAGUUCCGAAGCAAAGGUUUAAUAUAUACUGGUUCUUUCAUUAAUCCCUGAAAGCGAUCGGUCAUGGCGAGCAUUAUAACUGUCUCUGAUGUAAGGUCACUUGACAGUUGACGUGACCUAGUGACCUGACCUUGAGUGGCCUGGGUCUGAAAUUUUCACAACAUGUGCAGGAGAGAUGCUUGAAAAGGUGUUCCAAAGCGCCACAUUUUAUGAGACAUAUGCGAUAAAACUGCUAGGGUGUUCAAACCGCCACCCCCGGCCCAGCGUAGGUUAUUGUAGGGAAGUAGGUAAACAUUAGCGGCACAAAACCUAAGAGUCUUUUUGUUGUGAUGUCUAAAUUUAAGUAGAACGGGCACAUCAUGCUUACAUGUAUUGAAACAUGCAAAAUGUCCACAUGACACUAUAAAAUAGUACGAAACGCUCUAGACAUUGCGCUUAGUGAUCGCCCAUUGUGCCUCAUGUUUUGUAUAGGUAGUGCGAUAUGUGAUAGAUCAUUCAUAUCAACAGUGUCUUGAUCUUGAAACAUUGAGCAGAAUGCUUUGUAGUGAAGGUGAUAUGUGUAUGACCGUGCCUUGUUUGCAUUCCCUAGAAAAGCAGGCGUAAUAAUUGUCAUGCACGACUCGAUUUGUCGAUGUGUCUGCGCUUUACCGUUAUUCAAUUGUGGAAAGUGAAAGUGAAAUAUCUCAACUGUUAUCUCGUUUUCGCUUCCUUCGCUUUAUUAGGAAGGCCAUUCAGUAUUCAUCAUCUGAUGCAGAUACCUACCUAUCUGUCAAGACAGUCUUUUUUAGCAACGGAUGUGUAUUGUUCAGUCGUCAUUCUACCGAACUGGUAUGACUGACGUUUUGGAGGUAUGUACCUAUUCAUCUUUAUCUUCUUAUUUAUUUCGUACUUGCUACAUUUCAAAUACAUUCCAACC